AUGAAGGAAUCGACUCCUCGGUGCGAGGAUGUGGCCGACAAACUGGUGCGACUGUUCGGAUGGAGACAGACAUACCCGGUGCAGAAACUUCAGAGGAGUAUACUACCUCAGACUAGUGCUGCGGGUCCAGAGACAUGGGUGGGAGUAAGAGCGUUGCGUGCCAGUUCAGGAGGUAUUCUGGACCCAGACGACCGCGUGCGGGAUGUGGCGGAUGACAGGGAAACCCUCACGGCUGAAUGCACCAGUCAAGCGCCACAGCCUCGCGCUGCGCAAGCAGAUGGCGCCAGUGGGUCUUCAGCCGGCACCGCCUCCCCUGACAUGUUUCGGGGAGGUGGCGGCGUCGGCGGCAGUAUGCGCGUCCCUGACACUGACUCAUGUGUCGAAGUCGGGGCGGCAGACUUGGAAGAUGGGGCGAAUGGUCUGCAAGUCCGGCGCGGGAGUGAACCCACGCUACACCAAGAUACCCUACCGCCUCAGAGACCGGUAUCAGAACAAACAAAGCGGUGGUCGGCCGCGGUGGUGUGCCGGGACGACAGUAGCAGAAUGACGCAGAAGGUGCAUCCGUUGCCGGACGGCCGGCCGCCUGACGUCGGCGUCGACCGACACGGACAACAUUUCCAAAGGCAAUCUAAUCGCCUAUCAAUGCAGUUUUCUGGGCCUGGUAGCGGUGUAUGGUUAGACGCAGCAGAGCGGGUCCAGAGCUAUGGCAGCAAAAGUCUUCCCAGAGACGCCCGAAGAGAGCCAUUAGGACAAGAUAUGCCAGUCAACAACCACCAGAAUCACAGGGUAGAAGACAUGCUCCGGUGGGUGUCAGGAGUGAACAAUGUAGCGAGUGUACAUCCUGUGCAAGAACGGCCUCUUGAUCUCUUACCCGAAGGGGGCAGCAGUGAACGCGCGAUAUCCGGAAUGGAGGUCCCAGUGAGUCCCAGCAGUAAGCCAGUAUCAGGCGCCACCCAAACAGUGGCCGUUACUUUAGUGAAGGGAGAGAAAGGCCUCGGGUUCACCAUCACCACCAGGGACAACCCCACAGGGGGACAUUGUCCUAUUUAUAUCAAGAAUAUUUUACCUAAGGGUGCAGCAGUAUCUGACGGUAGACUACGCGCGGGCGACAAGUUGGUGUCAGUGAACAACGUGUCAGUGUCCGGCCUCACGCAGCAACAAGUCGUCACCCUACUCAGGAACACUCCCACCGACUCCACUGUCGAGAUAGUCAUCGAAAGAACUGUACCUAAUCGGACACAGAGGGUCGAACCUCAACAAAGUCCGACGAAAUACGUGGAAAAGGCGAUAGGAACGCCAAUGAAUGCAGUAGAAGUCCCAAAGCCUUCAGAAAAUGGUCGAGUAUCAAGUAUAGUGAACGCCAUCAACCAGAACAACGUGAACAGUUCCAUGCGAGGCAGGAUACCUAAGAGCUCGUCGAAAGACGAUCUGCUGCAUAAGGAUAAUAGCAACGACAGCGCGCUGCAAGACGCUUUGAACUCUUCGUCUAAUUCCAUUCUUGGUCUCCGCAACCGGUUAAUACUUCGGCUGGACGUGCCGGUGCACGACUCGGAGAAGGCAGGGCUGGGCAUCAGUGUCAAGGGAAAGGUCACUGUUGGACCUGAUCCCCAGGACCUGGGCAUCUUCAUCAAGUCUGUGUUACAUGGAGGUGCGGCGUCUAGGGAUGGGAGAUUAUACACAAACGACCAGUUAUUAUCAGUGAACGGCGUGUCACUAGUAGGGCAGAGUAACGCGGAGGCAAUGGAGACGUUACGACGCGCGCUGCUACAUGCUCGGCCACAGCGCUCCGGGAGCAUCUCUCUCACUAUAGCUAGGAGGACUGACAGUACGGACAGCCUAGCAAGGUGGAAGGACGACACGCCUCCAAACGGCAACGACACAACAAAUUCUAACGAGAACUCUCAGAACUACAACACUGUCAUAUACAACGCGAGCAGUGACAAAGAGAACAAACCAGUAGACAAUUUCAACCAAAAAUAUGAUACCAAUCAAAACGAGGGCUUUGACAGCCACGACGGUAGGAGUAGCAAGAAACAUGCAUCCAUUAUAACUAUAAAUAACAACAAUAGUUGGGUUUCAAACCAAUCAGAUGACAGUAAAGGUUAUUUAGAAAGAGACAAAGAUAUGCCUCCACAUGAUAAUAAAAGAGAUAGCUUCGAAUGGAGCAGGCUUGAUGGCUGGAACCCUGUAAUAGACCGACUGACUGGAUUAAGAAAUGAGAGUUAUUACAUGGCAACACAAAUCGAUGCUCCUGUAACGAAAGGCCACCACUAUAGACAUAAUUUGGGACACGUACACAUGCCACGGUCGCCGCCUGCGCAUCAUAAUGUUAUUAUUGAAGAGGAUUAUGGUACAACGAGGGGUAGUGGCAGCGGUUGUGGCGGCGAGUCAGGCAGUGAGAGUGGCGCGGGGUUCAGUCGUGACGCGGUGGGCCGACGGUCCAUGUCGGAGAAGCGACACGCCGCGCUAGACGCCAAGAGUACUGGCACUUAUAAGAAAAUCAAGGAGACCAAAGCUAUCAAUGCAUUACAAGUAGGUCCAUCAUUAGGAAUGAGAAAAUCAUCAAGUUUGGAAUCUUUACAAACGGCGAUACAGGAGACGCAAAGAAAUCCGCGUAAUGAACCUAUUUAUGCACGAGCGCACCCACCUUUAAAAACGUGGUUAACGGACGACCAUCACGGACCGGACAUGAUCAGAGGCUCACCGCAGCAAUCGUCACUAUCACACAAGAAGCCAUCUAUACUCAAGUCGUUAUCAACUAUGUUUAGGAUAGGAAAACCUCACAAGAAGCCAGAAACAGAAGUUUACGGCAGAUCGCAGCCAGGCAGAGCUUCAGAGAAGUCACUGUCAAGGGAAGCGUUAGAGCGACAUAACAGAAUAGAAGAGAGGGAGAAAGAAGAAGAACCAACACCCAAACCACAACAGCAGAGAUCGGAAGUAUCCCACUCGCGCCAAGGCAGUAGUGGUAGCGGCGACCGCGCGCACAAGUCCGAGCGACGCGCGCCGCCGUACAGAGCUCCACCACAUCAACAACAUUCGCAGGGAAUGGACAGCGCGUGGGGUCCCACCGGUCACUACGUCAACUAUGAAGAAAUACAACAGAAUUUAAACGCGCGUCGCGAGAAGUUGAGCGAGGUGCAGAUAGGACAGAUGAGGAGACAGGUCAGCGCGCAGAGGGCCAAAGCAGAGGAAGAGAGUCGUCGGGCAGGGGCGGGUGGCUACCACUCACAGCGCUCCUGUAGAGAGGGGGGCGUGCGACCGCAGUCUAACUACUACGAGUACGAGACGGCGCCGCCGCGGAGACCAGGCAAGCUGUCCCACUACCACUGA